AUGAGGUAUUAUACAGGAGGAUAUCGAGUAAUCGAAGCUGGUGAUAAUAUCUGUAGUUUAGAAGAGAAGGAAGCCAUUUUUAUAGCCAAUCACCAGACAACUUCUGAUACGACCUUGUUAAUGACAGCGCUUGGGUCUCGUGGACUCGUUAGUGGUCGAGUAUUAUGGGUUAUGGAUCACAUGUUUAAAUAUACAAACUUUGGUUGGAUCUCACAAGUACGAGGAGAUUUCUUCAUUGCUCAGGGUAAAGAUACGAGACAAGCUCAACUGACAGCGUUUAAAGAUCAUUUGAUCAAUAUUUACUUGACGAGGUUCAGGAAAUGGAUCGUUCUGUUUCCAGAGGGAGGUUUUCUUAGAAAUAGAUUAGAAGCUAGUCAAAACUUUGCCAAGAAACAUGGUUAUCCAGUAUUAAAUCACUGCACUCUGCCAAGGUUAGGUGCAAUUAAAGUUAUACUGGAUACUCUUGCUGAAGACACUAACAAUCCAGACUCAAAUAAUAAAGGAGAAAAAGAAUCUCACAAGAGGCCAUUAAAAUGGUUGAUAGAUGUAACUAUUGGUUAUCCACCAGGUGGAGCUCUCAGUGCACACGGAGUCGCUCUCGGUUGGUAUCCACCAACUGAUACAAUACUUCACUAUCGAGCUUAUCCAGUGGCGGAUAUUCCUAAAGAUACGGAAGGUCUAACAACUUGGCUGUAUGCACGUUACACAGAAAAGGAUCAAAUGUUAGAGAAUUAUUACAAGAAUGGUACGCUAGAAGAUACGACAGAAUCUCCGAAACGUGUUUUACCACUGGGUCGAACAGGUGUUUUAGAUAUUGAUGUAAUACAGAUUAUAAUGUUCCAUAUGUUUUAUCUUGUGUCGACAUAUAUUCAUUAUGUUUAUCUUCUUCGACCCAUUCUAUCCUUUAUAGGAUUAUGAUAUGGUAUUAUUAGCUACUUUUGCUUUCUCUUGUGAACGAUUCGCGUUUAUCUUUUUAAUUACUCAUCUAUCUGAUCUAAUUCUCCCCCUUUAAACGAUAAUAUGAUAAAUAGAUAUAUCAUUUUAAUUUAUUAUUAUUAUUAUUAGCUACUUUCACUUUUGAGUAUAAUUUACUUUCACUUUUGAGUAUAAUUUACUUUCACUUUCUCUUGUGAACGAUUCUCAGUUCUCUCCCUUUAAACAUAAACAAACUCAAUUGUGCUAAUCAUAGUGCAUGUAUGUUAGAAUUAUUAUUAGCUACUUUCACUUUUCAAUAUAGUCUACUUUCACUUUUCCUAUAUAUGACUGAUUCUCUCUUGUUCGAAAGCAACAUAACAUUGGUUAGUUUGCGAAAAUCUGAUUUUGUAAUAGUUGAGUAAAAUGAAAGUUGUCUGCGAGAUCAUGCUCAAUGGAAGCAGACAUUAAGUCGUAUGACCGAACUGAAAGAAAAAUGUUUUAAUAUACAAGUCCAACACGGUAAUGCUGCUUAAGAUGUAUACGGUAUGAAGUUAAUGAUUCGGCAUGGACAUGGCACAUUGAAAAAAAGUGUGACAUUUAAAUUUUAGUUGUUUUCACUUCUAAUUUCUCUGUUGAUAUUUAUUUGUCAGAAAAAUAAUUUUUCCCUAAUAUUUUGAUGUUGAGGGCUAUGUAAGGUAUUGAUAUUGCCAUGUUUAUAAAUGGGGAAAACCCAUUUGAUUAUUAAGGGUAUUAUUAUUAAUACUGGAAUAUAAUUUCUGUUUGGACUAUAUUAUCACUUUAAGUAUCAAAUGAGUUACAUAGACGAAGUUGGCUUGUUGACAAUACAGUCUCGAAACAUAGACGGAGUUGGCUUGUUGACAAUACAUUCUCGAAUCCACUGGUGAUGAAAAUCAGUCAUAAUUGCAAUCAAAAAUCCAACUAAAUAUUUGGGAGAACAAAUAGUUUUAUAUUAGUUAUUGCAUGGUUUUAUCUUUGAAGUAUGAGUUAUUAACAAAUUCAUAUUAUAUUGUUAAAUUAACAUCAAUUGUGAAUUCAAACUCUAACUAACCGCUUUAUAUUUAAACUUGAACUUAGACUGCUUUAUAUUCAAACAUGGACCGGUUUAUUUUAGAACUUGGACCGUUUUGUAUUCAAACUUGGACCAUUUUAUAUUUGGUCUACUUUUUUUUUUAUAUUUGGACUACUUUCAUUUUAUCUGUUUAUUUGCUCAUCUUUUUCACUAUUCUCUCUCCUUUCAAAUAUAAUGAAAUUAUUCAUGGCAUUUUCGGAGGAUUCCAAAAUCUGUCCAGCAACCUGUCUGUAGAAUAUAUUCUACAUGAGAUUAUCAGGAUAAUCGCACAGAUGCAAUACGGAUUAUCUAAGUGAUGGACAGAUGCCAUAUGUAUUAUCUUAGUGGUGGACAGAUGCCUGGACAGAUGCGAUAUGGAUUAUCUAAGUGGUGAACAGAUGGCUGGACAGAUGCGAUACGGAUUAUCUAAGUGAUGAACAGAUGCCUGGACAGAUGCGAUAUGGAUUAUCUAAGUGAUGAACAGAUGCCUGGACAGAUGCGAUAUGGAUUAUCUAAGUGGUGAACAGAUGGCUGGACAGAUGCGAUAUGGAUUAUCUAAGUGGUGAACAGAUGGCUGGACAGAUGCGAUACGGAUUAUCUAAGUGAUGGACAGAUGCGAUACGGAUUAUCUAAGUGAUGGACAGAUGCCAUAUGGAUUAUCUUAGUGGUGGACAGAUGGCUGGACCUAUGCGAUAUGGAUUAUCUAAGUGGUAAACAGAUGCGAUACGGAUUUUCUAAGUGGUGAACAGAUGCGAUAUGGAUUUUCUAAGUGGUGAACAGAUGCGAUACAGAUUAUCGGAGCGGUGGACAGAUUUUGAGGUCUAGCCAUAUUGUUUUUAAAAUCAUUCAUGUUUUGAAUUUGUAUAAACAUUUCUAGCGUAACUUUAUACUAUAAUAUUUGGGUUCUCAUUCUUCCAAAAUAGGUGAUGUGGGAGGGAGGAAAAUAUCUGAUGUGGGCGGGGGUUUAUUUAUUUUGUUAAUGGAACAUGUGACUAAUUGACUUCCCAUAAACAUCACAUUUGAAGGUUCUACGUCAGAAAAUCUCUUACAUGAUGACCAAUUGUUGUAUUACUCAGUUAAACCUAAUACAAGCUUAUUUACCAACUGUUUAUUCACGUUUAUAUAAUUGUCAUGUUACGUAUCUAAACUUUAUUCUUCCUGUAUACAAAGUUUAUAUACAAUCAAGAAUUAAAAAUAAUUGAAGAGUCUAGGGGAAGAACGAUCGAAGUCAUAUUUUUGUCUUUUGGACGAGAAUGCUUGACGCGAACAGAACGAGUGGGUUUAAUUACCACUUCAAAAUGAUGUUUAAUACAAAUCAUAAUUACCAGUACAACAACUGACUUCCACUUUUCAGCCAAAUUAAAGUCAAAUAAAGGCUACGAUGGACGUAUUUGUCCGGGAGGACAUUUCAGAAGAGCCUUGGGUUGAUGUGACUCCGAUAGUUUUUACCUGAAAUUGAUUGUUACACAGAAAGAUUUUUUACAAUUUGCUACCAGAUGGCUUAGUUCGUUCUUCCCCGGGGCUCUUCAAUUGUCAUCUAGAUCUACACAAGAAAUCAAGCCAGAUUAUUUUUUUUUUAUUUUUCUAUGACCUUAUAUUUCAACAAGUGACUGCCUCUUUAUGUUUUUAGGUUUUUUUAGUUGCAUUUUUAAGAGAGAAAAACAAAAGUACCAUAAAGCAUAGUUUUUUGUUUUAAUCGGGAAAAUCAACGUUUUUUUGUAAAUAUUAAUCUAUUUUAAUCAUAUUAAAACCACUGGUCACCAUUUUGAAUUUUCUUAGACGCCUUUUGAUUUUUCAGAGCUAAAGCCUGUUAUCCAUUUACCUUUUCACAAGUUAUUUGGAAAUGGCCCCAUUACCGACUUUUUAACCAGGGAAAAUGGUUCUUAAUCCAAGCUAAAAUGUAUGGAACCCAGAUUAAUUCAUUAACAUUUGAUUCAGAAUACAAAACUGUAAUAUCAACUGCUUGGAUUCCAACAAAUUGAAGAGUUGUAGGGUAAAAGAUUUUACCCAAAUCCUUGGACAAACCAAUCUAAUUACUAGUUAAUCAGGGUCCUAAUCAAAAAGUUUUACCGAAACCCUCGGGUAAGUCAAUCUAAUUACUAGUUAAUCAGGCUCUUCAUCUAUAAAUAAGUAACUGAAUGCUUGUCACAAGUUGUGUGAAAACUUUUAAACCUUAUAGAUUUGAAACUAAACGCAAUCAAGAGCAACUAAGUAAUUUUUGUUUUAAAUUAGUCUUUUAAUUUGUAAGCAGAAGUUUCAAUAGAUGUUCCCAAAGAGAGGAAAUUUACAUUGUAUUUUGUAUAACGUCUGUAGAGGAUGAAAUAUGUUUGGUAUUUUCAUUUCAUUAUAUCAUUGUCAAAUACUGAACAAACUGAUAUUCCUUGUAGAAAUUCAUCUUUCAUAAUAUUAUAGGUUGUCAGGGAUUCAGAAACCCUUAAAUGAUGAACAGUGGUUUUAAUUAAUAAGGCUUUUUUCAUGUAAUUUGGAUUUCAUGGUCUGGUUGAUUAAGGGAAUACUCUACUCGACUUUAUGUAUUUUACAAUAAAUCAUGGUGCUAUCAAUGUAAAAUUUUCAGGAAAUGUUCAUAUAGCCAAAAUAAGCCUAAUCAGCAGUUUUUGGGGAAUUUGUUUAUUGGUUAACAUGGAAACGGAAAAUUUUAUUUUUAUACUUACAAUAAGUCGUUCUCUAAAAGUUUACAACCGAUCUGACUGAAACUCAUACAUGUAAUUUUCAGUUAUCUAAAUAAAUAUUUAGUGUCAAGCAUAAUUUUUACAUAAUUAAUGAAUAACAACACUAUGUAGAUAACUGCAGGGUGAAAUGUACUGGGAACGUUUUAAAACAAGUCACAAGUUUCUAUCAGAGAAUGAUUCUUUUUAAGUUUAAAAUUAAAUUCCCCAUUUCCAUCCAAAACUGCUGUUUAGUGUUAUUUUGACUAUUUGAACAAUUCCUGAAGAUUUAAUGUUUAUAACACUGUAAGAAGUGAGUUAUUUUAAAAUGUUGAGCAGUGUCUUCCGUUAAUUCUUUUACUAUUAUAAUAAAUAUUCAUCCUGUAGAUUAAGAUAACUGUGUUGAAAUAUGCUGAUAUUAUUAUAUUUGUUAAAUGUUAUUGUUUGGUUUUUUUUUUCAUAAACAUAUUCUAUACUGUUGCUUUUUUACUAGAAUUUGGUAGCUCUGAUCAAUUAGUAUUGUUUUCUAAUUUUAUAAAACGUGAGUGGUCAUUAGUGACCUGGAUGGUUGUGACUAUUAUCGUUCUGAUCAUACCAGUGUGUAGCUUAAGUCAUCGGGGGGGGGGGGGGGCUUGGAUGGCUGAAUGGUUAGCGUGCGCGCGCUGUAUCAUAAAGUCUGUCAUUGAGUUGACUGGCGUGGUUUCGAAUCCCCGGUUGUACGUGACAAGGAGUAGGGUCGCCUGUCCAACCUCGUGGGUUUUCUCCGGGUCCUCCAGUUUCCUCCCACUGCUAAAGACCCCUACGCGCAAGCGAAUUAUUGAAAUAAAUAUUAAACCAUAUGUUAGUCCCGAAAUGACCUAGUUUGUGUCGAGUGGACGUUAAACCCCAUUUCUCUCUCUCUCUUAAGUCAUCGUUACUGAUAUGUGAAAGUUAUAAUGUUGGAUUUAAAAUAGGUACGUUGUUCUGGUUCUCAUGGGUUCUGAGUCCGAGAAGUAAAUUGUGAAUGAGUGACGUCAUAAACGUAAUACUUCAUCACGUGACCUACUGAUUAGAGCCAGUGGCAUAAUUUCAAAUAAAUCUGGAGCCAUGGUGGCUAAGUGGGUAAGAUGCUUGCUCGCUAGCCUGAAGGUCGCAUGUUCGAUCCCUUCAUUGUCCGAGAAAGUUCAUCAGGAUAUUUCGACAUGGUUUCUCCUUGUCAAUGCUGCAGGGUGGAGGGCCUGAAAAACCGAGGUCCUAUGUUUACAUUGGUGUGCACGUAAAAGAUCCCUUGGCAGUUGGAAUUCGAUAUAAGAGUAGGCCAUAGUGCCGCUGCUCAAGCAAAAUUUCCCUCAUAGCACACUGUAUGGCAUAUGCCCGUCUUCAUUAGCCCAGUCGGGGCAGAACAGUAGGACGUUAAGCCCCAUUUCAUACAUAAGGACUGUAUUUCAUCUAGAUUAAGGAAUCCUUUUGACUCGGUACUAAAAUCGACUUGUCCCCACCUCACAAUGGUGCAUGUCUUUUUACCCAAAAUUCUGGUAUUUACUGAGUGGGAAUGCGGGAAUCCAGCGUUACUAUUGCUACAUGACUCGCAUAAACCAGGCUACUCACCGUAUAAUUAGAAAAGAAUAUUUUUUGAACAGGGUUAGAUGUUUGAGUUUUAUUUAUUAUAUUUUAAAACCAAUAAUUAAUAAAACAUAAUAUAUGUAUAUUUAUAAAUGUGGAAAUUCUUUUGCUUAAUGGACGACUGUAUAACUUUAUCCUUAAUGGACGACUGUAUAACUUUAUGCUUAAUGGACAACUGUAUAACUUAUGGACGACUGUAUAACUUUAUGCUUAAUGGACGACUGUAUAACUUUAUGCUUAAUGGACGACUGUAUAACUUAUGGACGACUGUAUAACUUUUGCUUAAUGGACGACUGUAUAACUUUUGCUUAAUGGACGACUGUAUAACUUUAUGCUUAAUGGACGAUUGUAUAACUUUUGCUUAAUGGAAGAUUGUAUAACUUUUGCUUAAUGGACCACUGUAUAACUUUAUGCUUAAUGGACGACUGUAUAACUUUUGCUUAAUGGACGACUGUCUAGUACACGUUUCAUGUGUGGAAUAUUGUCUAUUACUUAUUUCAUCUGUGGAAUAUUGUCUAGUUCAUGUUUCAUCUGUGGAAUAUUGUCUAUUACGUAUUUCAUCUGUGGAAUAUUGUCUAGUUCAUGUUUCAUCUGUGGAAUAUUGUCUAGUUCAUGUUUCAUCUGUGGAAUAUUGUCUAGUACAUGUUUCAUCUGUGGAAUAUUGUCUAGUUCAUAUUUCAUCUGUGGAAUAUUGUCUAGUACAUGUUUCAUCAGUGCCAGUGGAAAUGACAAAUGAUAGAAACUGUUUCUUGUAAAUUUUUAUGUUUGUGUAAUGUUCUUCAUUGUUUCCUGUACCAUAAACUAUCUAAUUGCCUCUCGAGACGUCGAUUGAGCUGGUCAACUGUUCAAUCAUAACUUUGAGGAUCUACAGAAAAUAGCAAGUCUUUGUAAGCUCUUAGAAUUAUUUGUUUUUAAAAUCAUAUGUUUUUGUUUGAAGUGUGUGUAGAUGUGUUAUAUCAGCAGAUGUGUUAUAUCUGUACAGGUGUGUUAUAUCUGUGAGCAGGUGUGUUAUAUCUGUUUAGAAUGUUUAUAACCCUACAGGACAAGUUGCGUAUGUACAAUAAACAAAUUCUGCCAUAUUUUGCCCAAAUUUAUACAAGGAUUAUCGAAGGUACUUCAGGAUAGGAUAAGAAAAUUCAGUGGAAUAUUCAAUGUCCUUUUACAAAUUUAACAUUGUUGAAAUACGAACAGUUUUAAGUGAUUUUAGACUUUUAUUAGUCUGACUAAAAAAGACAGAAUGAGACUAGGCCUAUUAGCAAAUUUAAUCGGCAAUAUAGACCCAAAAAUAUAGGUUGGAUAAUCCUGGUUGUAGAUUCAAAUCGACUUGAAAUUCUGUUAAUAUUUACCUGAAAAUGCCGGACUGUUGCCUGAUAAACCCAAAUUAUAAAACAGUAUUAAAAUCUAGAUUUGAAUUAGAUUUAUUCAUUAAUAGAAAUAGAAAUAAUUAAUUUUGAUGCAUGUGAUAGAUGGUAGAUAUCCCUAAUAUUGUUUAUUUCUUCAGUUUCAGAAAAAGAAAAAUCGGGGAUAAUUUUUUUUUUAGAUUUCAAAUGUUUCAAAUACCGGUAGAUUAUGGUAAAGAGACAUUUGAGUCAUAAAUUUUUUCUAAUUUCUAGUUUGUUUGUUUGUGUUUUUUCAAAACUUCCAUAGAAGAUAAGAAAAACAAAAAAUGUAGCCAUUUUUUCUUAAUCUGGAUAUCUGUUUUUAAAUUGCAAGCUGUAGGCGAGUUAAUUCUUAAUACUGGACUAUCUGUAUCAGAUUUAAUUGAAAUUAAUUUUAAAUUUUAAUUCCAAAUAUUUUUUUGUUUGUGUGAUUUUGAAGUUCACACUAUAGUAUAAUUAGAUGGUAAGACGGUGAAAUGUAGACUAAAUUAUUAUUACUAUGUAAUUAUUAACAACUAAGUGUCUACAUCAGAGGGGGAAUAAGUCAAUUUACAACGUUUCAGUUGUCAAUAUGUAGCAUCUCUUAAACCCCAGUCCUGACCAGUUAGUACCAUUAAUUUAGCCAGAAACAGAAUUUGUUUCAAGGUUUAAACAUUUUACCUUUUAAAAUUUAGAAAGUUUGAACUAUAAAAGGUAUAUUAGCUUGUUAUUGUAAUUAUGAUUUAAAUUUGGGCUUGUUCAUAUUUUACAGCACCCCUGAGAAGACUCUCCCCCCCCCCCCCCCUCGUUGCUCUGAGCUAGUUACGGCCCUGGGUUAUUGGAAUUAUGGUUCAAAUUUGGGCUUGUUCAUAUUUUAUGUAAGUAACUACAAACUCUGUCAAAAUUCAGUUUUAAUCUAUAAUUGCAUUUCAACAACCGCUAAAUAUAGAUAAACCAUUGUUGCUCUUAAAUGCUGCUUUCCCAGUCGGUGCAGAAAAGUAGGAUUAUAUUUUUCUUAAAUGAAACAGGGUUUGACAUCCUACUUUUCUACACCAACUGGGAUAAUGAAAGCAGGGAGUUUGUCAAUUUCUUUUAAAUGUAUGUGUGUGGAUAUUUUUUGCUAGAAUAGUUCCCAGUUCAUAAACACUAUAUUUUGUAUUUUUGCCUUAAAAAAAAAUACUCAAUGAUUAGAAAUCAGGGAAUCCUGAAAUUUGUGGAAACCAAAAAUUGAUUUUAGUUUUCUUGUGAUAAGUAAGAUGUCUUGACGAGAAUUAUAAGCAUUUUGAUACCUGUUUGCUCACCUAUUUUAAUUAAUAUAAUAAAUGAACGAGAUUUUAAGGACUGCAUCUUGAACUGCCCUUAGUUCUGUUACUUUGUUAGCUAUCCUCGGUAAGGAUGGAUGGUAUUUGUUGUAUUACUAGUUGAUCAAGACUAAACCUACUCCACUGUACUAGUUGAUCAAGACUAAACCUACUCCACUCGACUAUUGAGAGUCUGGAGCCAAUACAAUGAGUUUGUCAUGAUACAAUAAUUAUAAGUUUGCCGUGAUCACAAUACAAUAAUUAUAAUCUCCAUCAUUUGUUUUAGUUACACAUAAUAAAGAAGGGACUAAAUAAUAAAAAUCCAUUGGACCAGGUAGUUCCAAAUAAUACAGAGAUAGUCCCAUCCUUACCAAGGUUAGCUAAUAUACUGAAACCAGGACAAGAUGUAAAACCAUGGACAUGUCGCUAUUAAUUCACGAAUCCAUGGUAAAACCACGGACGCUAUUUAUUUACUAGUCCAUGGUAAAACCCGGUGAUAUUAGUUUAACUGUUGACUUGUAGAUUAGAAAAAUAUUUAAUCACAGUCUGGCUAAAUAACAAAUGGCUAGACAAUAGUUGACAGUGUGUAAUUAAUUAUUUAUUCAUAGUCUGGCUAAAUAACAAAUGGCUGGACAAGAAGAAUUUAUUGAAUUGUUUUUAUAAAUAUAAACUUAUCUUUUAACCAUAAACAAAAGAAGGAUAUUUAUAAAUGUCAAUUUUUAAAACAUAUUUUUGGAUAUUUUUCAUUAAUUGUUUUUUUUUUUUUUUAUCAUUGUCUUUUUAUUUAAGUAAAUUGCUACCUGCAGAUGAUGGUGGAAGCUAAACAUUGUAGAAGCAAUUGUAUAAUUGAGUCUGCCCUUGGUCGCUGUUUAGUUUGUAUACAUAUUUAUAACUAUUUGUGAAGACUACCAGUGGUUGAGAUCAUUUCCUUACUGAAAAUUCAUCUUGCAGGAAAUCUGGGUUCGGAUAGGGUUAAGCUUGCACUAUAACCCAGGUAUUUUUAAUCUCAUCUAUUUAGCACUAAUUUCUUUCACAUUUAUUCAAUAUCAAAUCUUUGUUUGAAAAUUUAUAAAAUCAUUUAAAAUCACCCAAAAUCAUCUAAUUUGUUCUUGUGUCCAGUUUAAAGCUGACCAUUCAGUUUUGAUAAUGAGUGUCGAAUUUACAAGCGUUUAAUUUCUCAAUCACUGUUCAAAAAUAAAACCCCUUGAUUAAACAUGCAUUAUGCAAGAACAGUAGGACGUUAAACCCCAUUUCAUUACAUUUCUGUGAUUAUUGCAAGUCUUAAUUUAGGCUUCAGAUGUUAUAGAAAUUAUAAAUUAGAUCUUUAUUUAAACAACAAGCCCAAAAUCAACUCUGUAGACCCACGGAUGGCUCGGCUACAGCUCGGAUUUAAAUAGGAUUUCACUUAUUGAUAAAUUCAAAUAUGGCGCACCCUGAUGAGAAUACGUCAGUUAGAUCGAGGCUAAAUGAUAGAGUGUACUUAGCGAGGCCGCUGUAGAGCGUGCCAUUGAAAACUUUACUUGAUAAUCGAGAUAUGUAGGUGGAGUUAACGCCUGCCAAUCAAACAAUCGGCUAAGGUGAAGACACAUUUCACUACCAUUUCUAGUCAAAUAUUACAACGAUGAUAACUAUGUUCAGAAUAAAGUAAUUUGACUGAAAUUUUCAAUAUAUUCGUCUUUCAUCAUCUACUUUUGAACUGUUAUAGCAAGAAUGGCCAACUCUCUAUAAAAAUCUCCCAUAAUGUAUCUUUAAUAAUGAUUAAUAUUUGAACAGUGGUCAGGAAAUUAAAUACUUGUAAAUUGGACACUCAUUAUCAAAAUUACUCAGUCCGCUUUAAACUGGACACGAACAAAUUAGGUGAUUUGGGGUGAAUUUAAGUGAUUUUUACAAAUUUUUAAAUAGAUUUGAUAUUGAACGAAUGUGAAAGAAAUUAAAUGAUACCCAAGUUAUAGGGAUGUCUUUCCUUAGCCCCAACCCUUUGUGGUUCCCACUUCAGCCAAAGCAGCCUAAAAUAGCCUGUCCGCUACCGAAAUCAUUCACUCUAGUCUAAUGUACGUAUAGUAUGUAUGUUGUGUACACAUGUAAUUAUUUAUUAUCAAUAUGUAUUAUAUCAUUUUAAUAUUAGAUUAAAUAAAUAUUAUUUGUAUUGACUUCCAA